CCCUGGCCCAGGUGUCGUCGGUGCUAAAAUUAUUCUUCCCUUCUUUUUCAGAACCACAGACCAUCCCGCCUGUCACCUUGGAUCUUGUCCUUUGAGGUGAUUGAUACCAAUCGGAUGUCCUCUGUUUGAUUAAAAUCGACGGUCUCACGCACCCCCCUCUCACUUCCCAUUUUCUGCCUCUCCGGCCAAAUUCUCACGCACUUCCUCCUCGUCCCUCCUCCCCCUGUAGACCCCACUCAAGGCUUGUUUAUUGAUUCAUCUUCGCCCUGCAUCUGCCGCUUGCAUCUGAUCUUUGCAUCUUGGCUCCUGUUCAACGGAUAUCAAGAUCCUUGUUCCCAUAGCUUCCGCUCGGGUCCUCCCAAGGUGUUCGUGUUGUCACGCCAAUCCAAAUUUAUAUAUCCUAUCACGUUCCUUCAUCUUUCCUACAUUUGACUUCUCAUCGUGACUUUCCUUCUCGUCACUCAAAUUCGGAAGCACCUCGUACUUAAAAUUCAGGAGGGUUUUUCUAUUUUUAUUCCUCCCUCGUAUAUAUACCCGACCUUUUCUUCCCUUUGGUCAAAGGAGAUCUCCGUCAUAUUCCGUUUGCCACUAAAGGCAGAUCAUCCGUCUGUCUUUUGCUGAAAUAGUGCUACAUUCAACGUCGAGCAUUUUUCCUUAGAUUGGAAAAGAUGGCUGGACCUGGCGGUGGACCUCCCCGUAAGAGCCACACGAAGUCAAGGAAGGGCUGCAAGACUUGCAAGAGGAGACAUAUCAGAUGCGAUGAGACAAUGCCCCAAUGUCGUAAUUGCACAAAGCACAACUGUCGCUGUGAUUAUAUGGAUGUGUUCAUAGCUCAAGAGCAAGCAGCCAGCACAAGAUGUCCGGAUUUGCUCAUGUCCCCUGAGAUCGAGAUGGAAAUCGACACCUGGCAGCGGACGGGCAAUCCCCCAUUCCCAGAGCUACAGCCAAGUUCCAGAACUUACUGGUAUCGAUUUUCAAAGACGGAUUUACGACUUAUCCAUCAUAUUUCCGGGCUAUCAAUUGACCUACACCGUAGGGGAUAUAGCAGUUGCACUGUCUGGGCUCAGAAGAUGCCGAUAUUUCUGGCCAUCGCUUUAUCUAGUGAUUUCGUGAUGAGUGCCAUUCUGGCCUUGUCCGCGUCUCAUCUUGCUUGGAUGACCCAAAAUCAGGACACCGAGCAUCUCGCAUAUCAUCACCGUGGCGUGGCUUUAAAAGGCCUCCAUGAAGCGAUCGGUAGCUUCUCUCGUGGGAAUUCCGAUGCCAUCCUGGCAGCUUCUUUGUUGCUCUCUUGGCAAGCAACUGAAUGGAGAAGUUGGGCCUCGCUACAGCAAGGUGUUUCGACGGUUCUUAAUUCGAUGGAGACGUGGUGGAAAGAUGAAUCAGAAUUAGCCAGAUUUAUGGAUAGCCAGAGAGCUUUCCGCAGUGCGCGGUCGCCGUUGACACCCACUUAUCCAGGUGGCAUGGCCCAGUUUCAUAAUGAAGAUAUUAUGAGAUUUGACCGUAUUCUCGCAUCUUUGCAGAAUAUCCACCAGCGCGUCUCUCACAAUCAAGAGCAUUACCGAAGGAUUACAGAUCUUCUGAGUUUUGCUCAUCGGUUGCGGGAGGAUCUUCCCGUGCAAUCACCAGAGAAGGCAUUUGAGAGACUUCAGCCAUUGAGAACGUGGCUAUUUUGGCUACCUCCAACCAUGCUUCGGGGCGGCGAUACUGACCUCGGUGCCCUCGCUGUUCUAUCUCAAUUUUUUGGGCUUGCGUUGGCCCUCGAACCCAUAUUCCCGGAAUUUGGUGGAUCAUAUCUUGGAUCCAUGUCGGUCACCCCGAUUGAGGACAUUCGAAAGAUACUAUACCAUCGGAGAGCCACAAACCCGUUUGCUCCCGAAGUUCCUCCCGCUCUGAGCUUAAUGGAGCUACCUGGAGAAAUAGUUGCUGAAUAUCGAAGCCGCCUCCAGUGGUCACCCAGAGCCUCGUUGGAUGCAUACUCUUCUGGCUCACACAGUCCCUAUCAGUCGCUACCGACUCCCCAUCUGCCGCCUACUCCUACCACUGCCUCGCAUUACCCGACAUAUACCACCUCGCCUCUCCACUCGCCUCUCUCGCCUGCAAUUGUGGGCUCGCCGUACCAAAUGCCAACAAUUAUUGAUUCGCGUCGUCACUCCCAGGCUUUCACAGCCUCACCCAGUUUGCCUCCAGAAUCGAUAGACGACCGCACAGCAGAAUAUAAACACCACCCACACGAACAGCAUCCUGCUGUCUUUAAUCCGGCGUAUUUGGGAAAUCUUAUCCACCCGGGGACGCCUUUAGGGAUCGACUAUGGCCAUUCAGCCCCAUUAGAUGUGACAGGAGGGUUGGUCGCUCCGGAGCUUUGUUGGACCUGAUGCUUUACAUCCACUCUUUCAACCCAUAAUCCACUGAAUCACAGCGCACGAAAACUUCACAUCACCCCUCUCCCUGUAACACUCCACCAUCCCCAGGAUACACUUUUCCCGUCCGCCACCUUUUUUUUUUUGCCCCCAUUGUCCGCCCUCCGAUUGAUUGACUUGUCUAGCUGAGACGAAUCUUUUUGCUUUCCCAGGCACUCAAACACACCCUCAUACCGUGGCUCGACUGCGAAGCCAAGGAACCUUCCCAUAUGAAUUGCCUUCUCGACAUCGCCGCCCGCCACACCUUGAAUUGUUCUCCACUAUUACCCAGAACUUUACGCUGUUCCAUGUUUUCCGCUUGGAAGCUCAGAGAGAGACGACCUUUUUCAUUGCCUGUUUUGAAUACUACAUAUAUGAGACUUGUUUACGGAUAAAACUGAUGGAGGGUACCUGUCGGAGUUUUGUCCGCAUAUAUUUAGGGAUUUUGGAUGGCGACUAAGUUAUUCUAAGUCGCCCGAGAUAUCAUUAUGAUUUUCAAAUACUGUUAAUAUUUAUUACUUUAUUACUCUUUCUUUUCCCUUCCUUUUCUUUUUUUAUCUUGGGCCAUCAAUCUAUGUACACGAUACUAGGCCAUUCCGGCCUCUUUUUGCAUUCUACACUGCAUACUUCGUAUGCCUUUUCAGCGAUUUAAGAGAUUGUAUUUUAUGACAAUUCUCUUGUGGGAUUUGAGUGAUGAUAGGUAUUGUUUUUUACGUCUGGAUAUUUUCUUUCAGGCUCUCUUUGCCUCCUCUC